AUGCCUUCUAAUAAGAAGCUAAUGUCUAAGAUGAAGCAAUUAGCACACUGUAUUUUAGUUGUGCAUAUGGUCGAGUUUUUAGAAGCAUACUGCACACCUCGGGACACAGCCCGCAGAUCACCACAACACAAGCGCCGCUCAAGAGAGCCGCGCCGUUCCCCUGAUACCAAAUGGCGAUACGAUUCCCGACGUCAAAACUACGACUUGGAUAGGCGUUCCUACGAAUACGAAUCUAGGAGAUACAUUGGAAGAGAAUACGAUAGGGAUUCGGGACGCCGAGCUUUCGACGCUGAGUCGGCGAGGCGACGCGCUGACUACGAAUCAGCUAGACGCACGGAUUUUGAUUUAUCCGCACCGGAGUCCAGGCGAAGCCCUGAAAGCGCUCCAGAAGGGUCUGCUGAGUCACCGCCCGAACCAGCACCAUCUGCGCCUUUACGACAGGAAAGGGCCUUAAGACAUCGCUCACAGCCGUAUUACGAGUCUGAAUCAUCUACAGACGAUCGAUCUUCAUCUAGUGAAGAGGAAGAAGAAGACGACGAAUUUGGUGAAUUCGAUCCAUUUGCAACUGCACCGUCCUUACAUUCGCCCGAUAGUGGACGCUCUGAUCCACGCUACGCUAACGCCCCUCGCAGAAAUCCUAGUCCAUACUAUUACGGCGAUCUGUUUAAAACCUCUGCACCAGCUCCAGCUCCGGCAGCUGCAGCAUCUUCAACGUCAUCGUCGCGAGGUCCGAGGUACAGAAAGUCAGCCAGCCUUGACGCUCCCCACGUUGCUCAAAGACCAAAUCUGCCAAAACGCUUCUCAGUGGCUGAGGAUGGCUUUCGUGAGCUAGAACGAUCGUCAUCUUCGUCUGGCGAGAGCGCGUGGAUGCCGCCGAGGCGUCGUGGGCGCGACGCGGCCGGCUGCGCGUGCGCCGCGCCCGAAGAUGUAGAUGAGCAUCACGCGUCUCGUAGUGUUUUUUAUGUGCCGGCUCCUCUGCCCCGCUGGCCUCAAGAGAUGACCACUCGACAGAUAUACGAGACCGCCUUUGACUGCAAAAUUGCCCGCUCUGAUGACGACUUGGACGAUUUUGAUCGUGUCAGCAACCACCCGGCCCUAUUACAGGCUGAGGAACGUAAACUUAUUACCUCGGCGCAAUCAGCAUUUGAAGCUGUUGAACGCAGUGAGCCUGACUACAAAGGUCGUCGCAAGGUGACCAUGAAAACGGAUAGUGUACGACGUUCCAAGAUACCCACGAUUCGUCAAAAAAGAGAAAAUGAUACAAACACUACCGUAUUAUCCGAAGACUUAGAAAAAGUACACAUUAUAGACGAUGACGAUAGGACAGCAUCGACGUCACAAUUACCUUUAAGAGGUUAUACACCGUCACCUCCGUCGACAGCGCCACUGCCGACAAAAUUUCAGCAAAAAGAUGGCUCUGCGAUGAAUAGUAUUAAAAGUGCUCCUAAUUUACCGCAAUCCCAGCCGGCUCAUCCACGUUUGAAGGACUUAAGAUUACCUGUAAAAUCAUUACGGGCUCGAGACACGCCAACCAGCAGCGACGCUAGCAUGACAGACGCCAAGGCAUCUGUCUCAACUGACCUAGACCUUGGUCAGAGACUCAGGGAUUCAUCUCGAGAGUCCCGUGAUGGUGACGAUGAAAGAGGACAGUCAAAAGACGGUAUUUUUUUAGAGAUUAAGGGUCGACCCACUUCCGAUUCAGACACCCCAGAAUUGAAUCGGUAUUCAGGGCCAAAGGGGGUCGGCCCUAUAAUGGAGUUUAAAGGCAGGCCCGGUAUAGUGCGCCCUCGUCGAAAAUAUUCGAGCACUGAGAGUAUGGCUACUAGCAGCAGUGGAGGAAGUAUGGAAUCACUAAGAAGCAGCAAUAGCGAAGGUGAUAGAAGUAGUAGUAGUUCUGAAGGCCGACAUUCUUCUUCUCUCAGUUCACACAGCUCGGAUUCUGGGAACGUUCCAUUUGCUAAAUCACACCACAUGCAUUUGACGGGGUUUGGGCAUCAUCCGGCUAAACUGCAUAUUUUAAGCCCUAUAUCUGAUAAGUCUUCACAAGAGCCAGCGUCGGAAACGUCUGAUAACAAUAAAAAUAACAACUCACAAAAAGUUUCACCCGAGGACGGUGAAAUAGGAAAUAACACUAUACAAACCACCGUGGAAAUUGUGGCUAAGCCCAAACGACGGGCUUUGCAAAAUCGGAAUUUAUUGAACCUCACAUUUAGACAUUCGACACCUGGGGAUACUGAGAUUCAAGGCUCCGACAGUGGUAUUUCUAUUCACUCCCGAGAGGGGGUCGAUUCGAGAAACGCUUUCAUCAAUUUUAAAAAUAGCAACACGGAGGAAGUUCGUAAGGAUGAAGCUGUGGACCUAUCCGAUCUUCCAUUCGAUAUGCCAAAACUACGUAGACGGCGGGCCGAGGCCGAAGUUGAUCUACGUACCUUGCCAUUUGAUAUGCCAAAACUACGUCGAAAGUUGCGCGGCCAGUCUUUACAACUAAACAGUGAUUUUGGUGAUGCAAUAUCGAACGCUUCAUCCAGCCAAAGUGUUCAAGACUUAAACCAAGAUAAACACCGAGAAAAGCUGACAUUGAAUUUCAAUAGCGGCAGCAGUGGCUCGAACGGAUCUAAAGGAUUACAUUUAAAUUUGGGACCCAUCGCUCCGCCUCGAGAUUUGGUUGAUGCAUCACUUCCACUUGACCGUCAAGGGUGGUAUCAUGGAACGUUGUCGCGCGUGGAAGCUGAGAGUCUGUUGAGAGACGCAGAAGAGGGCGCAUUCUUGGUUCGCAACAGUGAAUCCGCCAAACAUGAUUAUUCUCUAAGUUUAAAAUCGACACGUGGCUUCAUGCACAUGCGUAUAUGUCGCGGGAGCGACGGAUACACCCUGGGUGGGGCUUCGACCGCCUUCCCCACGGUCCCGGCUCUGAUGAGGCAUUACGUCACAGCUCAAAGGCUGCCCGUCAGGGGCGCAGAGCACAUGGCGCUGUCGACCCCACUACCGGCCGUCAUGCUUUGA